GGUUCAAUAAUUUUGUCGGAAAAGAAGACACUAAAAAGUUCUUCACACCGUUUAAAAUCAUAUAAAAUAGUUUUAAAAAGUAAUUAAUACAAUAUUUCUUCAUUUAAGUGUCGGCGUUCAGUCGUUAACAAGUUAGUUCUACCGGAGAAGCAGUGCAUAAUACUUAUUUUUCAUCUUUAAAAUUUAAGCGAAGAACUUAUAUCGCCAUUUUUUUUUAAAGCUCUAAAAGAUUUGUAAAAACGUGAGCAAAGAAGAGAUUUAAUAAUUUUGAAAGGAACAAUUGAAUGAAAGCAUUAUUUAUUAUUUUAAUUCAUCAAAGGUUUUGAGUAAGAGUGUUUAAAGACUGAAAAAAUUGAGUUUUGUUCGAUAAAAUUAUAUGUGAAAAUUCUUAUUUGUACGAAAGUGAAAAACGCUAAGGAAAUUUCCUCUUGUGUGAAAAAAAACUCUUCCUUGUCGUGAGAGAUAUCGCGAGUUCAUUUUCAAGAUUUGAGGAAGCAGCACCGGCUAAUAGUGUCAGAAAGUUUUGAAACUUCAAGAGAUACAGACAUAAAAAUAAUAAAUAAACAAAUUGCUUUGACAGCAUUUCAUUCAAUAAAUAAAAUAAAGUUAGUAAAUUCUUACUCAUAAAGCUCAAAGUGAAUAUAAAAAAAAAAUUGGUUGCAUUCAAGCUUCAAAGGCAAACGAUUGCAAUCAUUAGAAAAGUGUGAAAAUAUUAAAAAAAGUUGCAAACAUUCGAAACUUAAUUUAAACUGUGCAAAGCUAAACAAAGAAAGAAUAUUUUUAAAACUAAAGAGGGACCGGAGAUACCGAAGAAAAGCUUUUGCUGAUGAGGGAUCUUUGGCAGCAUGAGCACAUUGGGUGGGAAUAGGGGUGAGCGGGAUAAGAACGCGAAACCCAAAUUUCAACAGCUUGAUAUCAACAGUUUAUACAGAUCCAGUCGUGGCGAAACAUCUGAGCCUGCAACACAGAAAAACGCUGUACCCCGUAAACAUGGAAUGCAAAGUUUGGGCAAAGUGCCCUCAGCACGACGACCUCCAGCUAAUUUGCCGUCACUGAAAGCUGAAACAAAUUCUCCAAGUAACGUUUCAACUCAACCCAACGAUCAACAGCAACAGCAGAUUUCAAAUUCUUCUGGUUCUUGGGCUGAUAAUAAUUCGUCGACAGGUGCACAAGUAUCUAAUACGACUCAAGUAUCGUCUCAGUUGAACACUAGUGGCUCAUCAAAUUUGUCACAAUCUGGUGGAAAUUCAGGAGGAUCAGCAUCAAAUACAUCAUGGAGUGCAGUAGCAACAGGUGGAAAUGUGAAGGAGGAGAAUUCAUCUCAACCGCCUCUUUAUCAGAGCCAACAAUUUCAGAACGAAUUCCCAUCAUUGGACGGUUCAGUGACAACGACGACAAAUGCAAAUGCGAUUGCAGCAGGUCAGAAAAUGGGACAACAGAUUCAAAAUUCCAAUUCCCACGAUUCCGGCGAACAAAUGAACUUAAGACCGUCAACAGAUGCAGCCAGUUGGAUGCAACAACAACAAUCAAAUUCUGGAAAUGUACGUGGCGGAGGAGGAGAAAAUGGUCCACAAAUUGCAUAUUCACAAACAGACUUGAAUGUGGUUCCCCCAAAGUUUAUGGCAUUGAUGCCUUCGUUUAUGCUUCGUGGCGCUCAAAAUUCAGGUUUGAAUACAUCAAACUCCUCUUCUACUUCUUCACACAACAACCAAACGCAGUCAGGAGGUCAAAACUCUGGAAACUAUCGGAACCAGGGUAGAUCAGACCGUAAUUCUUCGCAUUAUGGAGGAUCAUCUUACAAUAAUGACUACACAAACAAUCGUGAUUCAGGUCCACCAAGACAUCGGCAAGCACCUCCACCACGUCAUUCAAUUCGUCACAAUAAUGACGACAGAAGUUCUUCGUAUGAGCCAGACAUAAUUGUACAAAGACCAAUUAUCAAAGAAGAAGAACUCGAAAGAAUUGAUUCAUUGGCACGAGAUGAUGGUUGGUCGAAACACGAUGAAAUCGAUUACAACAAGAAACUUCAAUUCUCAGACGACGAGACAGAUGAUGUGAAGCCAAAGGACAUAAUGAUGAUGAUGGGUGAUAAAAAAUCAGAUGCUUGGCGUGAUGAAAAGAAAGAUUCAAUCAAGAUGAAUGGACCGAUGAGUCGUUCUGUUGAUCAAGCUUUAGUUGAACGAGUAAGACAACGACGUGAAGAGGAAGAACGAUUGGAACGUGAACGUAAAAUGGCUGCACAGAAGAAACUCAUGGAAUUAGAAGAGAAAGCAAAAAUGAAAUCAUCAUCAAUGGAGAAAGAUAAAGAAAAUGAUGAGAAAUAUGGUGAUUGUGAAAAGCGUGGAUCAAUGGAUUAUGGGAAGAAAUAUGGAGGUGAUAAGUACGAUUCGUAUGACAGUUAUGGACGUGGAAGUGCACCACCAAAUGACUUUAAGAAAUCUUCAUUUCAAUCAAACUUACCGCCACGUUUUCAAAAGCAACAUCAGAACAUUGAACGUCAUGAUGACAGACGUGAAAAAUCUGGUGGUCCGCCUGGUUACUCCAAACCAUUGCAUCAACAAGAUAGCAAAAAUAUUCCUUUCGCUCAACCUUCUUACGAACAACGUUGGACGUAUGGUAAACAAUCACAUCAACAACAGCCGCCACCCACGCGACGUAACAUGUCUUCACUCUCUCAAUCAUCAUCUGAUGAUAAUCGACGUGACAACAACAAAACUUAUGGCAGACGUCGUCAAGAAUCUGAAGAAGAUGAUUAUCGCUUUUCAAAAGAUUCAUCUGCUGGUAAUGCUAAGAAAACCAUGCAAACUGCACAAAUAAGCCGCAGCAUGUCUGAUUCGUCAGAUAAAAUGAGUGAUCACAACCGUUCAGAGAAAUCAGCAUCGCGUGAAUAUCUCGGCGCAAAUGUUUGUUGGGCUGAAGUGUGUGAAAAUGAAAAGCGUACGAUUGACACAAAAUCACGCCGAGUUUCGGAAUCUUCAGCAAUGAGUGAUGAUCAACCAAGGACAAUUUUACAACGUAACAAGCCACUACAAGAACAACUGCAAAACAAGGACUUGAAAAAAGAUGUAAAGGAAUCAAUGGAAAGCGAGAAGAAAUCAGUAUUAAGUGAAAGUCCACCGAAAGUUGAUUCUUUUGAUGACAAAAAGGCUCAAGAGAAAGGCUUAGACACCUCCAUCGAGCAGAACAAGAAAAGCUUAGAAAGUAUACCAGAAAAAGAUCAGAAUCCUGUUGAUAAGAAUGAGGGUUCAGUUAAAGAUUUGUUGAAACCAACACAUGGUAAAGAAAGUGACGAUAAUCAUCAGACACGAGAUAAGAAAAUAAGUCCAAGAUCCAAUCAUUAUGACAGAGAAUCUCGUUCAGGUCCAAAUGCUCGAGGUGGUUACUCAUAUCGUAGUAGUAAUAAUUGGCCCCGACGAGGUGGAAGUCAUCAAAGAAGUGGGCGUUAUGAUUACAGUGACUCGGAAAAUUCUGAUGAGUAUGAAGUUGAAUGGAAUCGAAACAAUACGAAGUCGUUAGGUCGUAAAGAUCAGAUUCGUGAUGGUCGACGUGAUGGAGCGAAUUAUAAUUCCAGUGGCUCUAAAGAAGGAUUUUCACCAAGAGGUGAACCAUCUAGACGUGGACGUGGUGGAAUAGCUUCACAAUCUACAAGCUUUCGUAGAAGUGGAUCUAAUGGCGCUAUUACAGCACCUGCUAAAAAUCGAAUUGACAAUUAUGGACCGCCAAGUUCAAAAAGUCCAUUUGGAUCAAAUGAUGAGAAAUCAAGCAGUGAAAAGAGAGAUGCAAGUGAAAAGAUCAGCGAUGAUGAUCGCACCAAACAAAAGCAAAAAGCAUUGAGUGAUGGACUUGUAAAUAAAAGUCAAAAAGAAAGCUCAAAUGCAGCGCAAAAAGUUUCAUCUCCAUCAUCAUCUGUUAUCAAACCUGAAGAGACAUCGAAACAGCAUUCCACUGAAUUAUCUUCUGCUCAGUCUAAUCAGAAAGACAAAAAGCAAGCUGAUGUUGCUGACGAGAAACUUUCAAGCGAUAGUAAACAUUUAGUCGGUCAUCGCACAUCAUCGUCGUCAUCAAGUUUCACAUCGAAUCAAGGACGACAAAAGUCGGAGAGAGUUUCUCAAUCAAACCCAAUUUCGACUGGAAAGGCGGGAGUGAAAACGAUGCAAAGUAAUGCAACUUCAAACAGUGGAAAGUCUACUUUAGCUCCAUCAUCACAUCAAUAUUCUUCAUCAAUGUCUAAGCCAAUUGACGCUCGUAAUCAAAUGAAUCGAAAUGAUCCUCGAAUGGAUCCACGUAACAGCAAUAAUCGAAUGGCUCCACGCUUCGCAAAGCAACAGCGCGAUCCUUUACCAGCUCCAGGUUUAGGUGGAAGUAUGAAUAGAAUGUCGGGAAGUUAUUGGGAUAAGAAUCAUCCCUCAGAUCAAAUACAUGGAAUUGGUGAUGAUAAAAUGUCAAUGAUGCAAAUGUCAGCACCAAAUUCACAACAACAAAGUGGCAUGCAAACGACACAAUCAAAUAAUUUACUGAAUUCAAAGACUGAUCUGAUGAAGCAACAGAAUCAACAGCAACAACAACAUUCUUCAAUGCAGCAACAACAACAAGGUCAAAAUUCAGCUAUGCUCGAUGGAGCUUCAUUGAAGACAACAUUGAUAUUUGAGAAUACAAGUUACAAGAGUGGACCUCCAGCUGGAAUAAAAAGACCUCAAGGUCCGCCUCCAAUGGGACAGCAAAAGCCCCAAGAGAACACAAUUAACACAAUUAAUGAUAUGAUUGAUCAACAAGCAAAGGAGCAAAGUCUUUCAAGUGCUUUACAAAACUUAUCGUUUGGACAAAAAACUCAAAACGACAUGGUCGAUAUGAACUUCCCUUACACAUUUGACUCUCAAAUUGGACUUUUGACUGAUGAACGUAAUAAAUCUAGCUUUGGUGUUGUCUCAAGUGGUUCCAAUGCAAAUACACAUCAAUCUCAAGCUGUUUCAAAAGCAUCAUCAUUAGGACUUGUUGGAGCGAAAACUGGCAUUCAAAAUAGCAACAUUUUGAACACAGAUGCUUUAAAUAUGAAAGUAGCAAGUUGCAAGAAGGUUUGGGAAGAACCGAGUGUUUCAAUGGAACAUGGAGGCUCAAGUGGAAAUGAUGAUGUCAUGUCCAAUUUCGUUGCUCAACAGCAACAUUUACAUCAAUACAGCCACAACAAUAUGGGUGCACAUCAUACUGGAUUAUCUCCUGGACCGCAAUCUUAUGGUUACGGUUCAAAUCCUUCAAAUGAUCAUAACAGUUCGUUGGAACAUUUCAACAAAACGAAUGAUGCUGAUGACGGUUCCAGUUAUUCAUCUCCAGCAACUGGAGGUUUAUACAAUCCUUACAAUUUGGAUGCCGCAAGAGCCCAAUUGUAUGGCUAUCCAACUGGUGGUGCUGUUGGAGCAAAUAAUUCAAUGUCAUUUAAUGCAUUCAUGCAAACACCAAACAUUGCAUCAGCUCCAACACAUGAAAUGUAUCAGAAUUUGUCGCAAUAUCGUGCAACUGUUCAACCGUAUAAUCAAACGCCACAAAUCAAUAACCCAAAUGCAGCUGUUUUAAUUUCAUCAGCAACUGCAUCAAAUUCCAUGAUGAAUUCAAAAAGUAACUCUCAGAUUGGAGCUAUUGGCUCGAAAAGUUCACAAAGUGGUGGACCAACAGCUUCAAGUGGUCAAUAUGGUCAGCAAUACAUGAAUCAUUUGUAUCAUCAGCAUCAGAAUAGUUAUUAUUCGAACUCUGCAGCUCAACAAGCCAAUCCUUAUUACAGUGGACCAACAGGAACUGGUGGAGCAGCAACUGGAAAUUAUGGAAUGUUUGCAUCGCAUGGAACAAACGUUUCAAAUGGUCCACCACCACAGCCACAACAAAUGGCAAACUUUGGAUCUACCGUGGGGCAGUUUCCUUUAAGUUCUCAAAUGUUGAGUAAUCUCGUGAUUAAUCAACAAUAUCGAAGCGGUCCCGUUGUGAAUACCGGCAACAAUGGUAAUGGAAGUGGUAGUGGCAACAACUCUAAUGCACCACCUGGUAGCUAUAUGAAGCAACAACAUCAAUCUCAACUCCAAGAUCCCUGGGAUUCAAUUCCACCGAUAAAUUCUUCACAAACAUCAAACUUUAGCACAAAUCGUAUGUAUAGUAGUGGACACAAUUCAAUGCAAACACAAAAUCAAAGAUGGCAAACACCAGGACCGAUCCAAAGACCUUCCAAUAAUAGCAACAACAAUUAUAAUAAUUCACAAUCUUCACAACACACAAAUUAUCAGAAUUCUCAUUAUCAACAAAGAGUAGGACGAAAUGCUUCGAUAUCAAGCAACAACUCAGGAAUGGCGCAAGGAAAAUCUCAAUAUUUUAAUGUUUCUUCAUCUGCAAGCUCUAGAAUGAAAUCAGAUUACGACAAGACAAGAUCAUUAGUAUCAAUUGCUCCCACGAAAGCACCUGGCGAGACUAAAGUUGAUUAAAAAUUGUAUCUUUAAAUAUCUGAAAAUUUCUUUGUUUUUAUUUUAAGAAUAUUUUUGAAUGUACAUA